AGUCCUCCGCGGGCCAUGUCUUCUCCGGCCGUGGCGCGGGGCUCCGCGGCCGGGAGUGAGCCGGCGGCCCCCGCCCCGCGGAGCCGGCGGUGGGCAGUGGGCGGCGGCGGCGGCGAGGAGGAGCGGCCGGGGCGCGCGGCCGCCGAGCCCGCCGGGCGCCGGGAGCCACCGGCCCUGGAGGGCCACCUGAAGGCAGCGCUGGAGGCGUACGCGGCGGCGCUGCGGCGCGGGGCCCCGGCCCGGCCCGAGUGCCUGGGCGCCCUGGUGGACUGCCUGGUGGUCAACUACCGGCUGCGCCGCGGGCUGGGCUCGGCCGCGGGCUCCGCGGGCGGCUCGGGCUCCGCGGGCGGCCCGCUCAGCUGCCCGGGCUGCCGGGGCUUCCUCAGCGAGCCGGUGACCGUGCCGUGCGGCCACAGCUACUGCCGCCGCUGCCUGCGGAGGGAGCUCCGCGCCCGCUGCCGCCGCUGCCGGGACCGCCUGCCGCCCGCGGAGCCCGCGCCCGCGCCCGCCGCCGCCGCCGCCGGCUUCCGGACCAGCGUCGUCCUCAGCCACCUGGCCGACAAGUGGUUCCCGGGCCAGCGCGAGCGGGCGCGGGCGGCCGGCCGCCUCGGGGAGCUGCUGCACCAGGGCCGCUACCGGGAGGCGCUGGCGGCCGCGGGCGAGGCGCUGCGAGCCGAGCCCAAUGACCUGACUCUAAAAAUUUACAGAGCAGAAUCCUAUGCUGGCCUCCAGGAGUUUAAGGCAGCCAUUGAAGACUUAAAUGGGGUUCUCUUUCAACUUCCAAAUUGGCCUGAGGUCUACUUCAGGAAAGGGAAAGUACUUCAGGAUGCAGGCUUUCUAGGUGAUGCCUUACAACUCUUUCUUCAAUGCUUAGCCCUUGAUGAAGAUUUUGCACCUGCAAAGCUACAAGUGGAAAAGAUUUUAUGUGAUUUAUUAUUACCUGAAAACUUAAAAGAAGGUCUGAAAGAAUCUUCCUGGAGUUCUUUACCAUGGAUUAAGAACAGACCUUCUAAUUUUUCUUCAGUAAUACAAGCAUCUCACUCUUCUGGUGAUACUAGCUUAAAACAGAAUGAGGAACGGGAGGAUUCUUCAGAGCCUGUCAAAGGAAGCUUAAACCGUGCGCGGUCCGUACAGGCUAUAAAUUUAACAGAAAUGCCUGGCAGAGGGGAUGGGUUGAAAAGGGUGUCCUCAGAACCUUUGCUUUCUGCCCAGGAAAAAGGUGUGCUACUGAAAAGGAAGUUGUCUCUCUUAGAACAGGAUGUGAUAAUAAAUGAAGACGGAAAAAAUAAGCUCAAAAAGCAAGGAGAAACUCCCAAUGAAGUUUGUAUGUUUGCAUUAGCUUAUGGUGACAUCCCUGAAGAAUUAAUAGAUGCCUCAGAUUUUGAGUGCUCUCUCUGCAUGAGGUUGUUUUUUGAGCCAGUAACAACCCCUUGUGGACAUUCAUUCUGUAAGAAUUGUCUUGAGAGAUGUUUAGAUCAUGCACCAUACUGUCCGCUUUGUAAAGAAAGCUUAAAAGAGUAUCUAGCAGAUAGGAGGUACUGUGUCACACAACUGUUGGAAGAAUUAAUAGUGAAGUAUCUGCCUGAUGAACUGUCUGAGAGAAAAAAAAUAUAUGAUGAAGAAACUGCUGAACUCUCACACUUGACCAGGAAUGUUCCGAUAUUUGUUUGCACCAUGGCCUACCCCACUGUGCCUUGCCCUCUGCAUGUAUUUGAGCCAAGAUACAGGUUAAUGAUUCGAAGAAGUAUACAGACCGGAACCAAGCAAUUUGGAAUGUGUGUCAGUGAUACACAAAAUGGUUUUGCAGAUUAUGGAUGCAUGUUACAAAUUAGAAAUGUACAUUUCCUUCCUGAUGGGAGGUCGGUGGUUGACACAGUCGGAGGAAAGCGUUUUAGGGUUUUAAAAAGAGGAAUGAAGGACGGAUAUUGCACUGCAGACAUUGAGUAUCUGGAAGAUGUUAAGGUCGAGAAUGGAGAUGAGGUAAAGACCCUCCGAGAGCUUCAUGAUUUGGUGUACUUCCAAGCCUGUAGCUGGUUUCAGAACUUAAGAGACAGAUUUCGAAGCCAGAUCCUUCAACACUUUGGAUCAAUGCCUGAGAGAGAAGAAAACCUUCAGGCAGCCCCGAAUGGACCAGCUUGGUGUUGGUGGCUUCUCGCCGUUCUUCCUGUAGACCCUCGAUAUCAGCUGUCAGUGUUGGCAAUGAAGUCUUUGGAGGAGCGCUUGACGAAGAUACAGCAUAUACUGACCUAUUUCUCCAGAGACCAAUCUAAGUAACUGUGCUUGGAUCUUAAAGUUACUCUAAUCUGGCUGUGUUGAUGGCCAGACUAUCCGCUGCCUUUGCACACCCAGUGCUGGUUUAAGAAGUGAAAUGGAAUGGUUUUAUUCCCUUCGACCUCCUGAGUCUCGGAUCUGCAAAUGAAUACCUGCAACUAGGAUUUAGACCACUAAUAACUUGCACAGUAAAACACACACCGAAUGUGUGUCAAACCUCUCCAUUGUGAUGAAGUUGCACUAUGUAUCAUAUUCUAAAAUGGACUGAAUACUUUGUGUGUGUGUGUAGCGUGUGUGAGUGGUUGUGUGUGCGCGUGCGCGCGUGUGUGUGCAUUCAUAUGUGUGGGUAGUAUGUGUGCUUUUUCUCUGGCUUUAAAAUUUUAAAAGAAAAAACAAAGCCAUAGAGAGCAGAACUUGCUGAGGGCCAUUGAUUGCCCAUGUUUACAACAGUAGCGAUACAAGGUUUUGCAAAUUGAAUUUGCCUCAGAUUUAUCUGUCCUAAUGCUUUUCUUUGCACAAGUAUGUAACCUAUGGUACCGAGUAUCAUUUUUUGUUGGAAAUACUGCUCUCGCUGAACUGUCCUGACCAUUGACUAUGACGCAGCUUCUCGUUUAUGUACAUUCGUGCAUCCCGGUGCUCAGCAAGCACUGGAUGCAAAACCUAGAGCCAGUUUUCAGGAACAAUUGCAAACCUGACAUGGUACUGUGCAUCUAUUCAUAUAACACUUAAAACUGUGAAAAUAUGGUUUACAUUUAGUUGUACAUAAAGGUAAGUGGAGAACUUGGUUCAGUACCAGUUAGCUUGUACAUUUUUAGGGGGCUUCCUGCAUUAACUGCCCAUCUAUGUAAUUUAUAGUUUGACAUGAUGUGUUUGUUUAAAAAAUGGCGUAGUAUAAACUCACUAAGGAUCUGAGGGAAGAGAAGAAGCGUAGUGUGGAGGUAAGCCCUUGGAGUUGGUGUUCUUAAUUCUGGUCUUGGUGCAGAUGUUAGGUAUGCCUUACUCACAUCAUAGUUAAGUCGCCACCUGUAGCGUGGUGUGGAGAGUACUCAUGCUGCCCUAGAUACUUUUGUAAUUAUGUGUUGCAAACUUGUGACUGUCCCGAUUAACUUUCUUUUAUGUAAGUACUUUGUAAACGUUUCUUAAAAUUUUUGCUUUUGCUUAUUUAAUUUUGAAUAAAAGCUAAAUUCAUAAUUUUUUUCUUCAA